ACAAAGAUUAAAUAUCUAUCACAAAACUAAAUUUGAUCACUUCAAUAUUUUUCUUAGUUUCCAAGUCAAGAGUGACGUAUGUGAUGAUGCUUACACCCACCAAUAGUUCAAUAUACACAUCACAAAACCUCUCUUAAACCCCAAAAAAUAUAACACAAACUCCAAAACUAUACACAAAAAAGGAACCAAAUUCUAUAUUCCUUCCUUGAGUAGCAAAAAAGCGUAUGAAGAUUGAUACCGUUACUGGAGAAAGGAAAUCGCGCAAGAGACGCAGUGGUGGAAGAAGUGAUUCAGUGGAAGACACUCUUGAGAAGUGGAAGAACUACAACAAACAGCAACAACAAAAGCUUGGUUGUGGAGAUAAUGGAGCAGAAAAGAUUCACAAAGUUCCUGCAAAAGGUUCAAGAAAAGGGUGCAUGAGAGGUAAAGGUGGUCCUCAGAAUUCAGAUUGCAAUUUCAGAGGAGUUAGACAGAGGAUUUGGGGUAAAUGGGUUGCUGAGAUUCGCGAACCAAUCAAUGGUAAACAUGUUGGUGAGAAAGCACAUAGGCUUUGGCUUGGUACUUUCUCUACAGCACAUGAAGCUGCUCUUGCUUAUGAUAAAGCAGCUAAGGCUAUGUAUGGACCUAGUGCUCGUUUGAAUUUUCCUAAUGGAUCACCAUCACCAUCAUCAAGUGGUGGUUCUGCAGAUUCUUUGAACGGCGAGGAGGAUCUUGCAAAAGUUGAAGAGUUGGAGGGUAAUCUUCAUCAGUCUGAUGAAGAGAAUAAGAUUCUUUCUAAGAAUUUUGUUGCUGAUGAUGACUCGGUAGAGGAAUCGGAGGAAGUGAUGAUAGUUGGCACUGCCCAAUGUCAAGCUAAUAAGAAAUGUAAGAAAAUGGUUCAUCAAGAGUCUUACAAGAAUGUUAAGUCUGAAAAAUCCGUGGAAAGCGAACGACUAGAGAGUAAAUCAGAGAACGUUUUGGAAAGUUCUGGCAUAGGUGAGUGCUACCAUGUGCAGAAGGAGCCUAUAGAUUCAUCCAUAAACUCGGGAGCUGCUUGUAGACCUUCUGAUAUAGCAGAAAAUGGGAUUUUGGUGAAGAAUGGAGAAACAAUAAGAGGAUCGGGGGAGGAUUUGAAAUCCUUUGAGAUGAGCUGCAACAAUAAUUUCUUUGGAAACCUGCACAAUAUUCUUCCAGAUAGCAAUCAAAGACCAGAUUCUGAGUAUUUUAACAUAAAAACCGAGGCUUCUCUAGCGAAGAAACAUAAGAAGGAAGUAAUUGGACAUUUCUUAAGCCAUGCUCAGUCACAAAAUGAGCAAAAUAAAAAUGGAGGUUUUGGUGAGAUGAAAAGUGAGCUUAAGGGAUUGGAAUUCAAGCUGAGAGGCCAAUCUACUGACUGUAAGAGUGAUGAAGCACAAAUAGUACCUUACAUGCAGGGAAUUCAUCUGUCUGAUGGUGGCACUGUUGGAACAAUUGAAAGGAUAUCCCAAGUUGAAGCUUUGAACAACAAUACUAAUAAAAACACUAAAUUAAAAGAGAGAGGAAAUAAUGGAUGUGCACUGCAUGGAUUAAGUUCAGGGCAAAGUAGGAAGCUGAGUGAUCUUUCUCAACAGCUGCAAAGAUUGGGUGGUUACUUGCCUGAAAAUUGGAAUAAUAUGCAGUUUGCAGAUCUUGAAGUUGGUUAUGAUUAUAGUUUCUUAAAACCUGAUUAUGAUUUUGGUUUAUUAGAAGAGAAGAAGUUACUAGAUAUAUGUUUUUCACAUAUAGGAUCUUGAAGUUCCUUGGUGCUUACAAGGUUUUUGUUUUUCACUUAGGUGGGGUUAUUUAUAGGUCUUUUUUCCCUACCUUAGUGAUGCAAAUAAUGCCAUGUUUCUGCUUUCUAUUUAGCAUCUCUAUCACUGUAAAGAUGCUUUGUACUAUGAAUUUCCAUUGAGAUAUAAUUAUAAUUUAUAUUGUCCAAGUUCAACUAUUAUGGUUUUUUGUACUUUUUGGGAGACACUUGUUGUACUUGUAUUGUACAUGAUACUCUGCUAUGCCUAUCCAUAAAAAUUGAAAUUGAUGUACCAUUUGAUCUCUAAAGAAUAACUAGUCUUAUUGAUUUGGUUGUUGAAACUUGAAAAUGUCUGAGUGGAAAAGAUAAGAUUCCUAA